AUGAGCAAAAAGGGCGCUAAGGUCCAGGACAAGGAGCAGUCCUACGACUAUCGCGAUAUCGUCCUCGCAAAGGUCCGCGGCUUCCCCCCAUGGCCCGGCAUGAUCGUCGACCCGGACACCGUCCCUGACCUGGUCCAGAAGGAGCGUCCCAACGCAAAGACGAAAAAGGGCAACUGGUACUGCGUCCAGUUCUUCCCUGCCGGCGACUUCGCAUGGACCGUGCCAAAAGACAUCUCUCGUCUUCAGCAGCACGAGAUCCAGGCCUACCUCGACGAGCCCGCAAAGAGGUCCGCCGAACUCAUGAAAGGCUACCGCAUCGCGCUCGACCCCAAGGCGUGGGAAGAGGAACGAGAGGCUACUAAGGCCAGGGCCCAAGAACAAGAAGCAAACGCCGAGGUCGACCAGCUCGACAGCGACGGCGAGGACGAGGGAGAUGAUGACGACGGUGAGAAGAAGAAGAAACCAAAGAAGAGGAAGCGUGACUCGGAUGCUGCAGCAUCCAAGUCCAAGUCCAAGGCGAAGAAGACCCCCGCUGAGUCCUCCGCAAGGUCCCGGACGACCUCUACGAAGGGCAAAAAAGGUCCCAAGUCCAAGGCCCUAGUCGAGUCAGAGGACGAUGCGGAGGCUGACAACGACCGGGGUAGCUCGGCCAAGCGGGCUUCUCCACCACCCAACAAGAAAGCUAAGCGCGAUAAGGAGGAGGAGGUCGAUUCUGCUCUGGCGAAGGAUCCGGAGGCUCUCAAGGUACGAGAAUGGCGACACAGGCUCCAGAAGGCCUUCCUCAACAGCAAGGUAGUCCCCAAGGAUGAGGACAUGCCUGCGCUCGACGAGCUCUUCACCCAGGUACAAACUUACCCGAAGAUGUCCAUGGAAUAUCUUCUGUUCUCGAAAAUCGGCAAAGUGAUGCGCCACAUAAACGCUUUGCCCGACGAUAAAGUACCCCGCGACGCCGAAUUCAGGUUCCGCGAGCGGUCGAAGGUCCUCGUCGACAAGUGGCACGAGAUCCUCAAGUCCAACGGCGCCUCCGAGUCGGGCAAGCCCGCCACAAACGGUGCCCGCAAGUCUGACGCGGAGGAGAAUGUUUUCCCCACGAACGGCGCAAACACGAGGGCGGACGUGUACACGAAGGAGGAGACGACCCUGAACGGCGCCGGAGACGAGUCGAUGCUCGCGGAUGUGACGAUGUCGGAGGCGGCAUGA